AUGGAAGCCUUCUCCCUAUUUGACAAAGAUGGCAAUGGCAUCAUCACGACAAAAGAACUUGGAAUUGUCAUGAGGUCACUGGGUCAAAAUCCAACAGAAGCAAAAUUACAGGAUGUAAUCAAUGAGAUAGAUGCUGCUGCUAAUGGCAGUGUUGACCUUCCUGAAUUUUUGACCAUCAUGGCUAGAAAAAUGAAAGAUAUGGACAGUAAAGAAAAAAUCCAUGAGUCAUUCCAAGUCUUUGACAAGGAUGACAAUGGUUACAUCAGUGCAGCAGAGCUAUGUCAUGUAAUGACAAACUUAGGAUAA